UCGCAUCAUCUUGACCCUGCUGCGUCAUGAGUCACUCUUGGAUCGGGGAGGAUCAACUGGCGCUAACGUUUCCUAUUGGUCGCCUCCGCCGCUGGUGUAAACAUGUAGCCGCCGUCACUCCGCUCGGCUCGCACACGUUUUCUCUUUUGGCUUCCAAGCGCCGCUUCUCCUCCCUGUCGUCGGCCGGUUUGUCAGACGAAGUCCGCGGGAUGACAGAGGCGGCGGCUGCGGCGCUGAAGAUCUUGGUUUCCGAAGCGGGGCGGUGCAGCGCUAGCUCGGUGGCUAGCUAACGCCGACUAGCUAACUAACCCGACCGUCGCGUUUGUAUGCAGCUGGCCUUGCUAAUUCGACGGCUAGCUUCCUGUAGGCUGCCGCGAAGGGGACACGCCGAGGUGGCGAAGGAUGGUAGAGUGAUGUGAACUAACGAGGGCACAUCGAAAGGAGGAGGUUGAAAAUAGAAAAAAAAAAUGAAGACAUCUGUCAGUGCUCGUGCCUCGUCACCGGCGAAUGGACGACGAGGUAACGACCGGGAGUCCAGGCGGAAGAGGAAGAGUGCGGACAUCGCGCAGGCCCUGGGCGCCAGUCCGGUGGAUGUAGCCGCUCUGAGGAGGAUGGCCAUCAGCGAGGGGGGGCUGCUGACGGACGAGAUACGCUGUCGUGUGUGGCCUCGCCUUCUCAACGUGCCCCUGCAAGUCCUGGACCAGGAGCCAGAGACAGUGGAGCGAGAGAAUAACAAGGACUACAACCAGGUGCUGCUGGAUGUCCAGCGCUCCCUGCGCCGGUUCCCACCCGGUAUGCCAGACGAGCAGAGGGAGGGUCUCCAGGAAGAGCUAAUUGACAUCAUCCUCAGAGUUCUGAAGCGUAAUUCCCAGCUGCACUAUUACCAGGGAUACCAUGACAUUGUUGUCACCUUCUUGCUGGUCCUUGGAGAGCGCCUUGCAACCGCUCUUGUGGAAAAGCUUUCCACACAUCACCUCAGGGACUUCAUGGAUCCCACCAUGGACAACACAAAACACAUUCUUAACUAUUUGAUGCCCAUCAUUGAGAGGGUCAACCCAGAGGUGCACGACUUCAUGCAACAGGCCGAAGUGGGAACAGUCUUUGCUCUCAGUUGGCUGAUCACCUGGUUUGGCCACGUCCUGUCCGACUUCCGCCACGUCGUCCGGUUGUAUGACUUCUUCUUGGCCUGCCAUCCACUGAUGCCCAUUUACUUUGCUGCUGUGAUUGUACUGUACAGAGAAGAAGAGGUAUUGGAGUGUGAAUGCGACAUGGCCAUGGUCCAUCACCUGCUGUCUCAGAUUCCCCAGGACCUGCCAUAUGAGACGCUCAUCAGCCGAGCAGGAGACCUGUUUGUCCAGUUUCCUCCCUCCGAACUGGCUAAAGAAGCUGCCUCUCAUGACAGCAUGGCAACGUCUACAUUCAAGGACUUUGACCUCGCGUCCACUCAACAGCGACCAGACUCUGUUCUCCGCCGGCGCCGCAGACAGCGACAGGCUGCCCUGGAGAGCGCCGCAGCCAGCUCAGUAGUAACGGUGGCUCGACCUUCGGCGGCGAGGCGGUUUGUUCGACUGGCCGUCAUGGGUCUGACCGUGGCUUUAGGCGCAGCAGCUCUGGCUGUGGUCAACAGUGCCCUGGAGUGGGCCCCCAAACUGGACCUGUUUCCUUGAACUGCUCCUCUUUCACCCCCUGCCCUCGAGUGAAUCUUGUCGGUGGGUUGAUAACACUGUCUGGAGUAUACUUUCUACACUGAACCAGUAAACACUCUCCGAAAGGAAGAGACCCAUCCUGCUAUAAUGAAGAGACUGUACUUCUAAGAACUAUCAGUGAUGGUGUCAUCAAUAAAGUUUAUUUAUAUUUUGUAUUAGGAUAAUUUGAAAUUGAGUUAUGCUCAAAGAGAUUCUGCUGAAAGCUUGGUGGACUCACUACACUUGAAACUGCUGCCAAUUAAGAGAGCUGUGUAUGUGUGCGUGCGUGUGUAUGUGUGCGUGUGUAUGUGUGCGUGCGUGUGUGUGUGUUCGCAGCCUGUUUGUGAUCUAUUCGAUACCUGGACUGAGACCAAAUGGAGGCUCCGUAGAAUCCUCUCUUUGUAUAAUUUAGAGUUUCUUAAUUUAUAGGUAUGUCACAAUCUGUAUAGAGAUGUGGUCAUGUCACACAGGCACUUUUUAAGGUCACCAUUUUAUUGUUUUUAAGGUAAUUCAGGUCAGUCGUCACCCUUGACUACACACUUAGUUUUUGGAUCAUCGUUGGGGUCCAAAUGGUGGUGGUAUUCUCUCCGUAAAUGUUCUGUAUCCUGCGUGAGACUGAAUUUUGUUUUUCAUAACUCAAGUCAGAGGAUUAGGGCCCCAGAUUGGAUAAAACGUCUUUCACAGUUCAGCAAGUUAAAGAAUACUGAAAUGGUUUUAACGGAAGCUUUCCAGUCAGUGUACUUACUCACUUAAUUGUUUGGAUGCGCAACCUUGAAAAUGUCUCAUGUUUCAUGAACCCCAAAUUUACUUGGGUAUAUUUUCUGCUGCACUUUUUUUUUUUGGAGUAGAUUAUUAAUUCUGUCCUCAUAUUUCAGCAACACACACUCACUCACUGCCUGCUCACAGAAUAUUUCAGAGCUGGGACAAAUAGCAAGGAAAUUGAAGUGGAUGUGUAUAUUAUUUGGAUUGGCACACUGGGUGACCCAGUUGGCACUGACUGAAUUAGCUUUGCAAAAUCAACGGUGAAACGGUGCUCCUGUCCUGAAAAGGCAUCUGAGGAUCGUUUUACAGUGUGGAAUGGGGAAACCUUUGUAUUUCAGAGUCCGUCCUGCUCAUUCCAUUGUCCGUCAUUACAAACGUGUCAGUGGUAUGGCACAGACCUAAAUACUCACGUCUUGAUUCUACAAUUAUUAAUCUGGACUACCUGAAAUCAUUGUACAUGUUGUUUAAAAGCAAACUUCAGACGAAAUGAAGUUGUAGUCGCAUUGGAGGGCACAAAACCAGUCAACUAGAAGCCUAUUGUAGAAAAAUUCAAGACGCGCGUUGGGAAUAUAUAUAUUUUUUUGCUACUGUUUAUUGAAAAAUGAACAUCUGGGCGUCCCAUUCCUGUAUUACGGUCGUGUCGAUUUGUAGUGAACCAGUGACCCGGCUGGUGGGAGAGCCACAGACUGAUCCCAAUGAAGGUGACCUUGAACAUGACCAGGGAGGCUCUGAGGUGGCCUGUGAGUGGAGCUGCUCAGCAGUGGUGUAACACAACACAUAUCUGCACUCAUCGCACUAAAAUGAUUUAUCUGCCUUUUAUGUUUUAUUUUGUGAUAGAUAAAACUGUCAUACUAAUGUAAAGUUGUACAAGAGAAAGCUAAUAAACUAUAGUAAAAAAGUG